AUGGCUGCCCCUACCAAGGUCCAAUUCAAAGCACGUCAACUUACCAUCGCCGGAGAGCUUCAUGCCCCAGCUGAGGGAUCCCAUGACCGCAAAGGCGCUGCAGUGGUUGUGAGCCAUCCUAUGGCCGGUGUGAAAGAGCAGACUUCUUCCGACUAUGCCCGAUCGCUCUCCAAAGCAGGCUUCUAUGCUCUUACCUUUGAUGCUGGCUAUCAAGGCGAGAGUUCUGGGGAACCCCGUGGCCUUGAGGACCCUGGCCAGAGAGUUGAGGACAUAAAGUCUGCCGUCAGCUAUCUCGUCAGUCUGACCGACAAGAUAAACCCUGAAAGGAUUGGUGUUCUGGGAAUCUGUGCCUCUGGCGGGUAUGUCUCGUCCGCAGCGCAAUCCGACCUUCGAAUCCGUGCCGUGGCCACAGUCAGCGGCGCUUGCGUCGGUGCCCUCACACGCAACGGUGGCAUUUACGGGCACCUGAAAGAAAACCCCGUCGCCAUUGAAGGGGCCUUGAAAGCUGCGGCGCAAUGGCGUAACGCGGAAGCUACUUCUGGUGUUGCUUCAGAGGCUCCCGUCAUGGUCGACAGCGACCCCAGCAAGUGGCCGGAAGGCAGCGAUCCUUUCCUCAGAGGAGCAUCCCAGUAUUAUGGCACUCCGCGAGGGAGCCACCCACGAUCGACGCAAAAGGUUCCGCCUCACAGUUCUGACAUGAUGAUCACCUACGACUCCUUCCACUUCCAGCAUCUCAUCUCACCACGGCCUCUAUUGAUGAUUGCCGGGAGCGAGGCCGAGUCACUGCAUUUUAGCCAGUCUGCUGUCGCUCAGGCGAAGGAGCCGAAGGAGCUCCUUGUUGUCCUGGGGAAGAACCACUUUGAUCUGUAUGAUGACUUGACGGUGUCUGGGCCAAAGCUUUCUGAGUUCUUUGGGAAACACUUGAACUAA